AUGCCCGUAAGCGACGUUGAAGACACCACGAUAUUUUUCCAGGGACGACGCGGCAUGAGGGCGUUUGGAAAGACGCGUGAGUUCGUCGCGACGCUCGAGGAGCGUCAUCUGUUCAACGUGUAG